UAGUAGUCCGGAUGACGUCAGUCGAGCACAAGAAAACGUGCGGUGGUAAAAAUUUAUCAUAUAAUGAAGAUCCAGAGCAGCUUGUAUUUAGUUUUUAAAUUUAAAAAAAUAUCUGAGAGAUGAUUGGUAGACGUUGUGCUCUAGUUGCUCUUGGCGGGCUUUUAAUUCUAGUUUUAACUGUUAAUAUUUAUUUUAUACUAAUGAUUGUUGACAAUUCAUCGGAUAAAUUGUACGGGAGAAAUUCACCAGUUGCCAAUGACAAAUUACAGGAUAAUAGUUAUAAUAAUAAUAAAGUAAACAGUGAUAAUAAUAAUGAUGUUAACAUUAAUAGCAAUAAUGAUAAAUCACAUGAAAAAAAGUCACUGACACAUGAAAUUGAAGAAAAAAUAAAAGCUGAGAUGAGAUUGCUGCCGUCAAAAUAUUUUAAACGUAAUUCUAGUUACGCUUUGUUACUUGAUAGAUUACUAGCGGAAUUGAAAAUUAUGCCAAAUACUCAGGAUGACAUUUGGAGUAUUCCCAAUAAUAAUUGGCCAGAUGCACAUCAUUUGUUACCACCAGCAGCACCAGAAUUGGGAACAAUUUUAAACGCGUUGCGUAAAACUAAAAUAAUAAAAGUAUCAAAUGCCCAAGUGGGAACACAAUUAAAGUUGAUGUUAACACUGGAGCCAAAUGUCAAAGCAUUAUUUAAACCCCAAUGGUACAGCAGAGAUACUAUUCUACACGGUCCAGUUUACUUUGGCAAAGACAGACACAAUGCCGAAGUUGUUGCCUUUCAUUUGUCGUCUUUGCUCGGCCUACGACGUGUUCCUCUGACCGUUAUCAGAAAACUGAAUCUCAAAGAAGUACAGAGCAAAGCGACAGCAGAGGUAUCAGCGACGAUGUUUGAAGAAGCCAACGAGACAUGUUUGUAUGGCGUUUGUCAUUAUUGUUCAGCAUCGGAUCCAGUUUGCGGUGUAAAUAAUAUCCUCGAGGGCUCUUUGAUGCUCUGGUUACCUUCCUCGCUGAAGCUUUUCAAACAUCGGCAUCCUUGGCAACGAACUUAUAAACGAAAUAAAUUUGCCCAGUGGGAAACUAAUCAAAAUUAUUGUGAUAAGGUAAAGGAAAGCAAAACUUAUGCUCCACAUGCCUCUAGUCGACUUCUCGAUCUAAUAGAUACCGCAAUAUUCGAUUUUCUUCUGGAUAAUGGGGACCGCCAUCACUACGAAUUAAUGCAGAAUAAUUUUCAUAAUCCCGCUGUGUUAUUAAUUGAUAAUGGAAAGAGUCUGGCGAAUCCUGACGUCGAUCAUAUUGAUAUAUUAGCGCCGCUGUACCAGUGCUGCAUGGUCCAUAAAACAACGUGGGAUAGGCUGCAAUUACUAGGCGGAGGAGCUUUAAGUGCUUCAUUGAGGCAACUUCUAGUUCAAGAAGCCGUAGAAUCCGACGUUCGUCCCCUAAUCACUGAAGAUUAUCUCAGUGCGAUGGAUAGGAGAUUACUUACCAUCUAUGCGGUCGUCGAGUACUGCUUGAAACUUAAAAAAUAUCCAUCUAAUGUUAUUUUAGAUCAUCGAUAACUUAAAUAGAUAAUUUAUUUUAAUUUAUAUUUAUUAUUACUUAGGAUAGAAUACUCAGAUAUGGUCAUAUAUGAACCAUUUGUUGAAAUUUAGCUUCAUAUCUGAUUAUAUAUGAUCAUAAACAUAUAGGUAUGAUCUUAUAGGAAGCCUGGAACCUGAUUAGAUAUGGUUAUUCUAUCUGAUCAGAUUUCUUCAUAUCUGAUCAUAUAUGCUCAGAUAAGGCCAUUUUUUAUAUCUAUUCUGAUAAAAUUCUUAGUAUCUGGUCAUGUAUUGUAUCUGAAAAACACCUGAUCUGAUAUAUGCCUUCCUAUCUGAUCAGGUUCAUGUAUAUGGUCAUCAUAUAGUUAUUUAUAUGUAAUCAGAUAGGGUUAUUGUUAAUAUCUAAUCAGACGUAAGUCGUAAAACCUGAUCAUAUAUGGUUAGAUAUGUUUAUUUUAAGUAUCUGAUCAGAUAUCUUCAUAUCUGAACAUAUAUGAUAAGAUAAGGUGAUUUUUUACAUUUAUUCUAAUGACAGUUUUGAUAUCUGAUCAUGUUCAUGUAUAUGAUCAUCAUAUAGUUAAUUAUAUAUAAUUAGACAGUUAUUUUUCAUAUUUGAACAGACUUCAGUCUUCAUAUCUGAUCAUAUAUAAUCAGAUACUGCCACAUUUCAUAUCUAAGCAGACAUAAAUUUUCGUACCUGAUCAUAUAUGAUCAGAUAAGGGUUUUUUUAAAAGAAAAUCGGAUCAAAAAUGUGUUUAUACCUGAUCAUAUAUGGUCAGAUAGAGUAAUUUUUCAUAUCUGAGUAUUUUAUUUCGAGUAAUCACUGCCGAUGUAUAAAAUUGUAGGAAUAAUUA